AUGGCCGCUCUGCAAAAGCGCCGGCGCCGCAGCGGGAUGGUGGUGCUCUUCAUUCUUCUGGGGAUUCUGUGGGAGGCCCGGGCCAGGCAGAUCCGUUAUUCCAUUCCUGAGGAGCUGGACAAAGGUUCCUUCGUGGGAAACAUAGCCCACGAUCUGGGGCUGGAGCCCCAGGAGCUGGCGGAGCGUGGGGUCCGCAUCGUCUCCAGAGGUAGGUCACAGCUUUUCACUCUGAACCCGCGAAGCGGCAGCUUGGUCACCGCGGGCAGGAUAGACCGGGAGGAGCUCUGUGCCCAGACUGCACCGUGUCUGGUGAGUUUUAACAUCCUUAUUGAGGAUAAACUGAAUCUUUAUCCCAUAGAAGUGGAAAUAGUGGAUAUUAAUGACAAUACACCCGGAUUCUUCAGGGAAGAAUUAGAAGUGAAAAUUCUGGAAAAUGCAGUCCCAUCCUCUCGUUUUCCACUAAUGGAGGUCUAUGACCUGGAUGUGGGAAUGAACUCUCUUCAGGGAUUCAGACUCAGCGAGAACAGUCACUUCUCAGUGGACGUGUGGAGCGAAGCCAAUAGGCCCAAAUAUCCAGAGCUGGUGCUGGAGCGCGCCCUGGAUCGGGAGGGAGAGGCCAUUCACCACCUGGUUCUUACUGCUGUGGAUGGCGGUGACCCUGUUCGCUCAGGCACUGCACGAAUUCUGGUGAUUGUCCUAGAUGUGAAUGACAAUGCUCCAGUGUUUACUCGGCCUAUCUACCGUGUGAGCAUUCCUGAAAAUCUGCCAGUAGGCACUCAGCUGCUUAGGCUAACCGCCACGGAUCCAGAUGAGGGAAUAAAUGGGGAAUUAACGUACUCUUUUCGCAAUGAGGAAGACAAAAUUUCAGAGACUUUCAAACUUGACUCAAACCUGGGUGAAAUCUCAACUCUGCAAUCACUGGAUCAUGAAGAAUCCAGGUUCUACCUCAUGGAAGUGGUAGCUCAGGAUGGGGGGGCUCUUCUGGCGAGUGCUAAGGUGCUGAUCACAGUACAGGACGUGAAUGACAAUGCCCCAGAAGUGAUCCUCACCUCUCUUGCUGGUUCCAUCUCUGAAGACUGUCCUCCUGGAACCGUAAUUGCACUGUUUAGUGUACACGAUGCUGAUUCUGGAGAGAAUGGCGAGAUUCUAUGUUCUAUCCCCAGGAAUUUGCCUUUUAAAUUGGAAAAGUCAGUUGAUAAUUACUAUCACUUAUUGACAACAAAAGCCUUGGACAGAGAAGAGAUCUCAGAUUAUAACAUCACAGUCACUGUCAUUGACCUUGGAAACCCACCCUUGUCUACAGAAACCCAGAUCUCCCUGACUGUGGCAGACAUCAAUGACAACCCUCCCAUCUUCCCUCACACCUCAUACUCCACCUAUAUCCUGGAAAACAAUUCCAGAGGCAUCUCAAUCUUAUCUGUGACUGCGUAUGACCCUGAUAGUGGCAACAAUGCCAAGGUCACUUACUCUCUGACUGAGGACACCUUUCAAGGAAUGCCUGUAUCCUCCUAUGUCUCCAUUAAUUCCAACACAGGCAUCCUGUAUGCUCUUGGCUCCUUUGACUAUGAGCAGAUUAAAGACCUGCAGCUGCGGGUAAUGGCCAGUGACAGUGGAGACCCUCCACUUAGUAGCAACAUGUCACUGAGAUUGCUCAUCCUGGAUCAGAAUGACAAUGCCCCCGAAAUCUUGUACCCCAGCAUUCCCACCGAUGGCUCCACAGGUGUGGAGCUGGCGCCCCGAUCCGCAGAGCCCGGCUACCUG